AUGGCCCGUACCAAGCAAACUGCCCGCUGCCGAAAGUCUGCCCCCACCACCGGAGGUGUGAAGAAGCCUCACAGAUACCGUCCUGGAAACUGUUGCACUUCGAGGCUUGUUCGUGAAAUUGCCCAGGAUUUCAAGAGUCAUGCUGUCCUGGCUCUCCAGGAAGCUGCAGAGGCAUACCUGGUGGGUCUUUUCGAAGACACUAACUUAUGUGCUAUCCAUGCCAAGCGUGUUACAAUCAUGCCCAAGGAUAUCCAGUUGGCUCGCAGGAUCAGGGGCGAGCGUGCCUAG